AUCCUCAUCUUCUCUUCACCCUCUCUUUUGCCUUCCAUCCACCUCGAACUCGCGUCACUUCUCAUCCAUCUUCGUGUCAACAGAAGGCGAACCCGUUAUUCUACACACCUCUCAUAGUUUGACUUGGAUUACCGAGGCUGACUAGAAACAAUAACAUCCACACCAAAGUCUCAUUCCCCACUCUCUAACGACGCGUCCAAGCUCCGAGUCUCCACCUUGCCGGCCCAGUCCUUUAACAACACUGUCUGACCAUCUCACUUUCAGUUCCAAGUCACUUCUCAUCUCUCAAAAUGUCCAACAAUCCUGGAAUGUUCGAGGAUGCCAAAGCAGGGGAGCUCUGCGACCUGGUGCUGGAGUGUGAUGGGGUGAGGCUUACCGUCCACAAGCUCGUGGUCUGGAAUCAAUCCGAGGUGAUCAAGACUGCCUGCAGGAGUAAUUUCAUGGAAGGUCACACGAAUGUCGUCCAGAUCCCGGGCUUCUCCUUGGUUACUGUGAAGCGGAUGGUGGAGUACAUGUACCUCGGAGACUAUAGCUUGGACAAAGAGCUCAAGUGGGAUUCAGAGCUGGCGCAGACUACCACAGAGGCGACUUCAGAUUCGUUGACCGCUGCCGCAUCCAGCACAUCUCCCGACACCACCUCUACAGAGUCGGCAGAAGAGACUACGGACCGAUCUCAGAAGGUUACCAAUCCCGCACCACCCACAAUCGCGGAGGCCCUGCGUCCUCACCUCGAAAUGAGUAUGAUCGCGGGCUACUACAUCAUCCCGGCGCUGGAAACCCUAGCACUCGAAAAGAUAAAAGCGACGUCUUUGAAACAGCCCUGGUCGCCGCAUGGAUUUGACAAGUUGGUUGCAGAGGUCUAUCCACUAAUCCCUCACGGGGCGACUCAAGGUCAUCUGCGCGCCAUGGUCGUUCAACACCUGGGUGAUUUCCCAAGCAAUGAGGUCCUCUUCCCAGAUCCAUUCUCGCGCAAUGUUGUCUCGAUGCUGAGGCACCACGUGAACGAAUACAAGAAGCGUGCACUUGCCUCUGCAGAACAGACAUGUGACGUGAAUGCAAAGCGAGUCGCGACGGAGACCCAGGUCCGGCAACUGAAAAACAGCUUGGACAAACUCGGCGAAGUGAAUCGAUGCCGCCACUACACCCAGCCCACCUCAUCCGCGCCACCAGCCACCCCCCAAACCCAAAACCCAACCCCAGCUCACCCCCCACCAGCAAACACAAACACAAUGCACGAACUCCCCAUCCAACCGCGGGGCCUCCUCUGGCAAACCAACUUCAUCACGGCCGCCCACGAAGCCGAACUACUGCACCUCUUCCGGCACGACCUGGAGUGGCCCGCGCGCCCCGGCCGCAUCUCGCUGCACUACGGCUACACCUUCGACUACAAGACCUUCGACAUCGACCCGGCCAUCCCCUACCGCCCGUUCCCGGCCUGGCUGAUCCCGUUACUCCCGGCCCGCGAGCCCCGCGCCCCGGAUCAGGUCUGCCUGCAGUACUACCCGCCGGGGGCGGGGAUCCCGCCGCACGUGGACGCCCACGGCCCGUACGACCAGCUCUACGCGCUGUCGCUGGGGAACCCCGUGCUGAUGGAGUUCCGGCGCGGCGAGGACCGCGUGGAGGUGGACUGCGAGCCGCGCAGUCUGAUGUGUAUGAGUGGGGAUGCGCGGCUGUUGUGGACGCAUGGGAUCAAGAAGCGGAAGACUGAUGUUGUACCCGCGGAAGGUGGGGGGACGAGCGUCAGGGUGCGGGGGGAGCGGUGGAGUAUCACGUAUAGGUGGCUGAGGGAGGGCGGGGAGUGUGAGUGUGGGGAUUUGCGGCUCUGUGAUACCGCGCAGCGGCGGGCCGGCGUCGAGAAGGAGAAGAGGUCGGUCGUUGCGUUGCGGGAGGCGGCGGAGGCUGCUGGUGGUAGUGGUGGUGGGGAUGAGGGCAAGGAGGAGGGGGAGGGUGGUGGCGAGAGUUGAAGCAUGGUGGUCUGGUUUUGGUGGUGUAUUUGUAUUUGCAGCCUCAUACCCUAGCUUUUGAAUUGUAUGGAGUCGGUUUGGUGGGCGGAACUUCAGGAUUUUGUUUUGAUUUGGUACUUGGAUAGUGCUUUAAUGGCCAUCAGGCAAAUCAAUUUUGAAAGAUCUUAUGUGUAUAAAUAUUGUUGGAAGGAUUGGUG